AUGGCAGCAUUCAGCAACACAUCAAUCACAUUUACUCUGAAUUCUGGUGCGAAGAUACCCGCUGUUGGACUUGGAACGUGGAAAUCACCACCAGAUGAAGUCCGAACGGCAGUCAAACAUGCGCUCCAAAUAGGCUACAGACAUAUUGAUACCGCACUCAACUAUCAGAACGAGGUUGAGGUUGGUCAGGGCAUACGGGAUUCAGGCGUACCCAGAGAUCAGAUUUGGGUGACAACCAAACUUGACAAUCCCUGGCACCGCCGAGUUCGUGAAGGGUUCGAGAAGUCUCUAAACGACCUGGGCAUCGGAUAUAUCGAUCUAUAUCUAAUCCACUUCCCAUGCUCAACAGACCCUACCGAUCCAACCAAACAUCUACCAGAUUGGGACUUCGUCAAAACUUGGCAAGAAAUGCAAAAGAUCCUAGACACUGGCAAAGUGAAGAACAUCGGUGUUUCUAAUUUUCAAAUUCGCCAUCUUGAGAAACUGCUGGGCGACGUUUCCUGCAGGGUGGUGCCAGCAGUAAACCAAAUUGAAUUGCACCCGGGCAAUCCUUCAACGAAGUUGCUGGAGUAUUGCCAGUCUAAGGGAAUCCACUGCACUGCAUAUUCCUGCCUAGGGGGUGCUUCAGACAACCCAUUGUACAAACAACCGGUACUGUCCCAGAUAGCCCAUGCAACUGGAAAAACUCCUGCUCAGAUCUUACUCAUGUGGUCCCUGCAAAGGGGAACCAGUAUCAUUCCGAAAAGUGUCACUCCAACGAGAAUAGAGAGUAAUUUCCAGCUUGAUGGCUGGGAAUUGAGCAAGGAUGAGAUGCAGGCCCUUGAUGGGAUUAAAACACGUUUCAAAGUUGUGAACGACGCAUGGAUGCCUAUCAAAGUCUUCUUUGGAGACGACGAGUAG